AUGGAAGUACCAGAACAACCGACACGGUCUAAUCCGGCGCCUCCCAAGAUGGACAGGUCCGACUCUUCGUCGGGCGACGACAACGCCUCUCCGCCCGUCUCCGCCCCCAGCUUCAACCGACCUCGACUCCCGAGCAGGAAGAGCAGCGGUACCAUAAUCGUCCCUCGCGACUCAAUAGAGGCGAGAGAACCGCAUCAUGUGCAGUACGAGAUGGACGACGGUGCGAUGAGCCCGAGGAGAACGACAGAGGAUAUUGAGGCGCUCGGGAAACAGGCCAGGGACGAGCUCAGAAUGUAUGGCCAGCAUCUAUCUGGGCAUGCAAAGGCACUUCAAGAUUCUCUACUCAUGAUAUUCAACCGAAUAGAGGCUGUCAAGGAGGAACACGACAAGCUCGACAGUCACAACAAGUUCUUGCAAAAAUACAUUGGCGACCUUAUGAGCACCAGCAAGAUCACUUCGACAAGCGGUCGCGGCAAGAAAUGA